AUGCCGACUCCCAAAGAUGUUCCUUCGUUGCGCUCCUUCUUGGGACUCAUCAGCUAUUACUCGGCUUUUCUACCGUCGAUGCACAAUGUCCGGCCACCACUGAAUCACUUGCUUGGAAAUGACGUACCUUGGGUUUGGUCCGACGAGUGCGAGACGGCCUUCUGUCAACUCAAAUCAAUGCUCAGUUCGGACCGGCUGCUGACCCAUUAUGAUCCAAGUCUACCAAUUGUUGUUGCAGCUGACGCCUCCGCCAAGGGCAUCGGAGCCGUCAACCUCCACGUUUCCCCGACGGCACAGAAAAGGCCAUAA